UCCGUUUUUUCUAUACUGUGUUAUGUUUGUUCGCGUAGCACUCCUCACAGGCCGUUUGGUGUACGUUUUUUUGUUUGUUGGUGAGAUGAAAUCUCCAAAACUGUGAAAGAUAUUUCGCUCCAUAGUAUGACAGGUUUGAAUGGACAGAGGUUUGAAGAAUGCCGUCAUUGACGACCACUCUCUUAUAAUCGCACAUUUACGGCGUCACUGAUGUUCUUCUACCCACUAUUGCCCAUAUUUUGGGCUGUUUCUGCAAAGGCAGAUUUCUUUCAAUUUGACAGUAUUUCAAAUGUAUCUACGUAUUAUUUCAAUUAUAUUUAUUGUAAUAUAUGGGAAGGGGAGUGUCAACCGAAUCAAGAUGAUGCGACUCAGCAAGUACCUACUAGGGACCUAUGGGCAGCAUUCCCUCAAGACUAUAUCAGUUUGCUGUCACAGUGGUAUUGCAGCCUGGGACAGUGUUGUGAAUCGGGGGAUUGUCGGAUAACAAAUAAUAUUACAGGUCUGGCUAGUGAUCUACAGCUAAAGCUUCAUGGGCAGCACCUUGCCCAAUCAGUGGUUCUGAAGGCUGUGCAGGGCUUCAUCAGUAACCCUGAAUCCAAUAAGCCAUUGACCCUCUCCUUCCAUGGCUGCUCCGGCACGGGCAAGAACUUUGUGACCCGGAUUGUAGCUGACAACUUGUACCGGGACGGGGUGAAGAGCGAGUGUGUGCGUCUGUUCAUCGCCCCAUUCCAUUUCCCCCAUGCCAGACUAGUGGACACAUACAAGGGCCAGCUCAGAGAAGCUAUCCGGGACAUGGUGCUGCGUUGCCCACAGACACUUUUCAUCUUUGAUGAGGCUGAGAAACUGCACCCCGGCCUUAUAGAUGCUAUCAAGCCCUAUAUGGACCAUUAUGACAAUGUGGAUGGGGUCAGCUAUAGGAGGGCUGUCUUCUUAUUCCUCAGUAAUAUUGGUGGGACCACCAUCAACGAUGUGGCCUUGGACUUCUGGCACUCAGGGCAAAACAGAGAGGACAUUGGGAUGGAGGACUUGGAACACCGGCUACGUGCUGAAGCUAUGGAUUCUCAAGGAGGCUUUGCACAGAGUGAACUGAUGUCAGGUCACCUUAUUGACUUCUUUGUGCCCUUCCUACCUCUGGAAUACCGUCAUGUCAAGCUCUGUGCCCGUGAUGCCUAUGCAGCGCGGGGUUUGGAGCCAGACGAGGGAACGCUGGACGAAGUGGCGAAGGCCAUGCUAUAUAUACCCAAGGAGGAGAGGCUGUUCUCUGCCCAAGGCUGCAAAUCCAUACCACAGAGGAUCAAUUUCUUCCUACCCUAAACAGACCAAUGCAACCCAGAAAACACAUGAACGGUGUUUUGGCAAAAAGGAAAAAGUAUGUCCUGCUGACAUUGAACAUUUCUGUAAUGGCACAUGUCAAUCAAACAUGUGGUAUGCCCAUUCCUCACCCUACACUGCCAAGAAAGGAAGCGUAGAGCAUCUGGCUAUAGUAAGAUUCAAUCUGAUAACGAAAGAGAUUUGAGUGCAUUUUCAACUUCCUCAUUAGACAAUUUUUAUGCAAUUAUUUUACUUCAAGCUCAGGUCAACUCUAGUAUUAUUAUUUGCAUGUACAGUACCAGUCAAAUGUUUGGACACACCUACUCAUUCAAGGGUUUUUCUUUAUUUGUACUUUUUUC